AUGAACUUGCCGCAUCACGAUGACUACUGGCCUGGUUCCGACCUCUUCGUCGUGAGCGACGCUCCGUUCAGGACUCUCUUCUAUCCAGAAGGUCCAGAUGCGCAACCGCAGAGAUUCCCUGCCGGCAGCGUGGUUCGCUACGACGCGCAGGCGGUGCACUCUGCGCCGGGGUUCUGCCCUGCCUCCGAGGGCUCCGAGUCGCGUCGCCGAGGCGUGACUUCUGUAGUGAGAACGUUUAUGCGCGUACAUGCCUGGGAUCCGCUUUGGACGCUUUCUCGCCUUAGCCACUUUGCUCCUCUGUUGCAGAAAGCAGGUCCACCAGAGUGGCACCGGCCGGAGCUCUGCGAGGGUGAGGAUGUGAUACUGGGAUGCUUUGAUGAACUUCAUUCUUGCCAGCGGUGCUGCGAUUUGUCCAAAGGACCUCUGGGAGACAGCGCCUGCUGGGCGGGGCGGAUGAAUUUCAACAUGUGCUGUGGCCCGGCCUCACGCCUCUGGGCAGGCUGUGGUUGGCGAGGAGAAGAUCUUUGGGGACACGAGUACUACUCGCUGGAACCUCCGCGUCUGCACAGUGCAGCCCAGUGCCAGAACCGCUGCCAAGAGGACUCUGGUUGUGGCGGAUGGACCUACUUCCCAGAGAACUGGGAGCCGGUGGGCUGCAGGCUUCCGGUCGCAGCCAUCUUGGGCCUCCGCCGAGUCUGCGUCCUCCGGGCUACAAGCGAUGCACCUUGGUCACCUCAUGCCGGUGCCAUCUACGGAUUGCGCGACUGCGCAGAUCCAGGUGGCUGCCUAGAGGUUGGCCGGGAUCGAGUGGGGAUGGAUUUGGGCUUCAUUAAAGAAGUGCCCAGCGCAGCAGCCUGUCGCUUGCAAUGUCACGAGACACAGGAGUGCAAGGCCUUUAGUUAUUUCCCAGAUGGAUAUUUGGGAGAUGCCAGUGCGGGCUGCGUUCUGCCUGCUGCUGUGUUCACGUGGUGGAAAACCCGAUGCCUCCUGAAGAUGCACAAGACCAAGCCAGGGAGUGGAGAACAGUGGCUCCAAAUGGGUAAUGUCGCUUCAGGUCAGCGUGGCUGCAAGCCUGCGAGGCCCUGGCGAAGGUGGAGCAACUCCCACCAAAGUGUAGAUGAUCUCUUGGCAGUUGAUGGAGACUACCGUCGGGAGCGAUGCUCACGUGGGCAGCCAUGGCGGUUGGAGCUUGACGCAGAGUACAUUGUGACCCGCGUGAUGCUGUGGACAGGCCAGCUGCAGACACUUCCAUUCCGGGAGCCGCUAGUCUACGAGGUGAUUCUCAUGGUUGGAGAGGAGGAGGUUUGGUGUGGAUCUGCAGAUGAGAACUUGGGUGGAAAUGCCAUGGCUGUCCACUGUGCUCAGGACACCUCCCGAAGCCCGGCCUCCGCUGUCAUUAUCCGCAGCAUCGCUGGCCCUGCUCUUGAGUUUGCGCUUUGCGAGGUGGAGGUGCAAGUGGCCCCUGUUCCUUGCGACUUGCUCCUGGACAAGGGCUGGACCAUCCAUGGUCGCGUCGUCCUGAUCUUCCCUCCAGGCGAGGCAGGCCGAGCCCAGUUGGAGGAUGCUGGCGAAGCAUGCGAGAGAACAGGUGGCAGCUUCGUUGAGACUCGAAGCCGUCCCGGACGAGCUCUUUGUGUUGAGGCCGCAUGUGCCCCUUCCAGAUGCUUGGAGGAGUUCGAUACUGAGAUCGAGAACUUCGCACCUUUGACCGUUCUCGGACUUUGGAACCACGAUUUGGAACUAGUAGCUGAUGAGUGCGGUGCCUUGGGCCACUCCAAGGCCCGCAUGUUCGAGGCCACCGUCAUGAUCUACAACGGCGGGCAUCCGGAUGCGGGAGGGUCGCAGAUGACCACGCACUGGUGCUUUUGCGCACCGUCGUACUGUGCCGACGACGAUGCAGCCAUGGUGGUCACUCGGCUGGUAGCACAACGUGGGCUGACUUGGGAGGCCUUGCAGCCGAAUUCUGAGAUCGAGCUGCGGAAUGUCCGGGCUUUGGCAAGUUGGGAGGAUGUGAAACUCGACUUCCUGGUAGCCGGCUUCGCCCGUUCAGGGACUCAUACGCUUCGUGGAAAUUUAAUGGAGCAUCCCCAGGUGAAAUUUUCGGAGCAAGAGAUGACGUUCAACUGGGCAGCCUUGCCUCAGCAGUUGCAGGUGUGGCGCUACGCGUCUUUCUUCAAGGAUGAGGACGAGGGACCCAGGCGAAGGCUUUGGGGCGGCAAAGGUGAAGGUCUCGCCGCGAGUCAGCGAGUGAUCAGGCUGGCUUCGAAGAUCCCGAAUCUGCGUCUCGUUGUCAUGGUGCGCGAGCCAGUCGAGUGGCUGGAGUCGCUUUACAACCUGCGAAAGUUUUAUCUGUGCCAGCAGCCCAGCACGUGUUCGGAAGUUCCCUCCUUGGAGGACGUCGUUCUCAACGGCGCGACCUUCGAAGAUGUCAAUGUUGAGGAUGCAUUCCUGUCCAAGUCCUUGGAGCAUGUUGUGAAGUUUUUCCCACCCUCGGCUGGUCGCUCUUUGCUGUUGGAGUUUGAGCUCUUGCGGAGUCGCCCGCGCGAGCUUUUCGACCAGAUCGCCUCAUUCCUUGGCAUCGAGCCAUUCCCCAGGGACUUCGAGAUCAGACGGCAUGCCACAGAAGAUCGACACAGGUACGAGGAGCUUGGGCUCUCCGUCAGCUUAUGCUCGGAGCACCUGCGACCAACUCUUGCCGCCUUGAAGGAACGGCUUGCGAGGGAGAAGGAGUACGCUCGCUUGGUGGCUUUGCUUGCGCAGGCAGGCGCACCUUGGGUGUCCAGCCGACUGCUGCUCAAUCGAACCCACUGUGAUUGA